GUCGGCGCCAGGGGUUGGCAGUGCGCGUGUGACCGGGACACAGCGGAGCGAGCCUCACCGGAGCCCUUCCCGCCAAUGCUGGGCCCCCUCCCCCCGUCUGCACCGCGCCAGCAUGGUCCGGGAAACCAGGCACCUGUGGGUGGGGAACCUGCCCGAGAACGUGCGCGAUGACAAGAUUAUCGAGCAUUUUAAACGAUAUGGACGUGUGGAAAGUGUCAAAAUUUUACCCAAAAGGGGAUCUGAUGGUGGUGUGGCAGCAUUUGUGGAUUUUGUGGAUAUCAAAAGUGCACAGAAGGCUCACAAUGCAGUUAACAAAAUGGGAGACCGAGAUCUCCGGACGGAUUACAAUGAACCUGGCACCAUUCCGGGCGUGGCCCGGGCGUUGGAUGAUACAGUUUCCAUAACAUCUCGUAGUAGAGAGGUUUCUGGGUUCAGAGGAGGUAGUGGAGGGCCCACUUAUGGCCCCCCGCAAUCACUUCAUGCACGGGAAGGACGUUAUGAACGGAGAGUCGAUGGGGCUUCUGAAACUAGGGAGCGUUCUUAUGAACAUAGUGCCUAUGGACACCAUGAACGAGGGACUGGAGGAUUCGAUCGUACAAGACAUUAUGAUCAGGAUUAUUAUAGAGACACUCGAGAAAGGACCUUACAGCAUGGGAUUUAUUAUAAUUCCCGUCGAAGUCCCAGCCGCUUUGAUGCUCAUGAUCCCCGUUACGAAUCUAGGGUCCGGGAACAGUUUACAUUACCCAGUGUUGUACACAGGGAUAUAUACAGGAAUGACAUUUCGCGGGAGGUACGAGGGAGACGGCCUGAUCGGAAUUACCAGCACAGCCGAAGUCGGUCACCUCAUUCAUCCCAGUCUAGGAAUCAGUCACCACAGAGACUGGCCAGCCAAGCAUCGAGGCCUGCAAGGUCUCCUAGUGGCAGUGGCUCACGGAGUCGAUCGUCAAGUAGUGAUUCUCUCAGCAGCAGCAGCAGUACCAGUAGCGACAGCAGUGAUUCAAGCAGCAGUUCUAGUGACGAGUCUCCAGCAAGGUCGGUGCAGUCUGCAGCCGUUCCAGCACCUCCUUCCCAGCCACUCCUCUCUCUGGAUAAAGAUGAACCACGCAAAAGUUUUGGUAUCAAAGUUCAGAAUCUACCCGUCCGCUCCACAGAUACGAGCCUUAAAGAUGGGCUUUUUCAUGAAUUUAAAAAAUACGGAAAGGUGACAUCUGUCCAGAUUCACGGUGUUUCAGAGGAGCGUUAUGGACUGGUGUUUUUUAGACAACAGGAAGAUCAGGAAAAAGCACUUAAUGCAUCAAAAGCCAAACUCUUCUUUGGCAUGCAAAUCGAAGUGACCGCUUGGGUAGGACCAGAAACUGAAAGUGAGAAUGAAUUCCGACCUUUGGAUGAGCGAAUAGACGAAUUUCACCCAAAAGCAACCCGGACUCUCUUUAUUGGUAACUUGGAGAAAACUACCACUCACCUUGAACUUCACAAUAUCUUCCAGCGUUUUGGGGAAAUAGUGGAUAUUGACGUGAAGAAAGUGAACGGGGUCCCUCAGUAUGCAUUCCUGCAGUACUGCGAUAUUGCAAGCGUCUGUAAAGCCAUUAAGAAGAUGGAUGGCGAGUACCUGGGGAAUAACCGGCUAAAGCUGGGAUUUGGGAAAAGUAUGCCAACCAAUUGUGUAUGGAUAGAUGGCCUUUCUGCUAAUGUCACUGAUCAGUAUUUAACACGACAUUUUUGCCGUUAUGGACCAGUGGUAAAGGUGGUGUUUGAUCGAUUUAAAGGCAUGGCCCUGGUACUCUACAAUGAGAUUGAAUAUGCCCAAGCAGCUGUAAAAGAGACCAAGGGGAGGAAGAUUGGUGGGAAUGACGUUAAGGUGGAUUUUGCAAACCAAGAAAGUCAGCUGGCUUUUUAUGGUUCUAUGGAAUCAUCUGGCCAAGAUAUACGAGAUUUCUAUGACAUCAUCUCUGAACGAAGAACUGAUGAAACCAGAAGGGGAUCUUAUCACGAAUUCACCUCCACAGAGAGAACAUAUUAUGACACCGUUCGAACACCGGGAACAUACCAAGAGGAAUCAAGACGAGAGUAUCCUGCAAGAAGUAGAGAAAUUUACCCAGAUUGGGACUCCUACCCAGCAGAUUACUAUGAACAGCGUUACCUUGACGAAACACGCGAGUACAGAGAUUAUAGGGACCCGUAUGAACAGGAUAUUCGUGAAUACAGCUAUCGUCAGAGAGAGCGUGAAAGGGAAAGAGAGAGAUUUGAAACAGAUAGAGACCGUGAUCAUGGACGGCCGAUUGAACGCAGCCAAAGUCCAACUCAUUCCAGAAGACCUCAAAGUCCAGCGGGGUCUCCAGCACAGUCUGAAAGGAUUGCAAGUGAUCCUGAGCGCAGAAUCUAUAGCCGCUCAUCUGAUCGAAGCGGUAGUUGUAGUUCUCUUUCUCCUUCACGAUUUGACAAACUGGACAAAGCUCGUGCAGAACGCUUUGUCAAGAAUGAAAAAAUUGAAAAGGAACGCACUUUUGAUUUAGAAAGACCUGAUAAAGAUAAAAGGCCACCACGGAAAGAAAAGACAGAGAAAGAGAAACCUGACCGGACAAAGCGAAAUUCUAAAAAUCAUUCACCAAGCUCUGGGUCUUCAGAGACUGAUCAAGAAAACGAUAAGGAGCCCAGCAUAGAAAAACAGAAGUGUAGUAAACAACAAGCCAAAGAAAAGAAAGAGAAGGAUCCAGCUGCUAAAAACCGCUUGGAUCUUAUGCCUUGUGUAGUUCUUACCAGAGUCAAUGAAAAAGAAGGCAAAGUAUUUGAUCCCCCUUUACUUGAGAAAGCAGUAAAGACUAAAUCAGACAAUGAAUCUGUUAAAUCCCCACCUCUAGAUCAGAAAUUGCCAAUUGCUCGAAUUGAACAGUCUAAGUAUGAGCAGACCAAGGUUGAAAGCGUUCGAAAUAAAGUGCCAAAAGACAAGGUGCUUGCUAGCCACGUAGAAGUUGUAGACAAAGAUGCUAAACAAAAAGGUAAGAAGCAUAUGAAGACAGAACCCAUUGAAGGGGCUGAUCUCGACAAGCUAGAAGCGCGAAAAAGAAGGUUUGCAGACGUUAAUUUAAAGUGUGACCGACAAAAGCUGGAAGUAAGAAGGAGCAACCAAGAUGAGGAAGAUGCACGGAUGAAUUCAAAAAAGCCUCUUGAAGCCUCAAGAGAACUUACCGUGGUUCGUGAAGGAGACUCUGAAAGGAAAGGCUCCAGAAAAGAUCUUUUGAAAAGGGAGUCCAGAAAAGCCAGACCUGACAGACUUUUUUCAGUAAAUAGUCCUAAAGAUGGGCAAGAUCCAACAUCCAUUGGAUUCCCUUUACGUUCUAACUUAGAUUUGCAGUCUCGUUUGGGAGACCCGGUUGAUGAGACAUUUGAAACACCUGACACUUCUGGAAAAAAGAUAAACAUAAUGAAAACAUUUCAGCGGCACGUGCACUUAGCGGAGGAUCUUGAUAAAGAAGCUAUCCAGAGAUCCAGAGAUAUGUUGGGUCUGGAGAGAAGUGAGACUGAAGAGAAACUCGCAAUAGACAUAGAUUACACUCAGAGUUACAGAAAGCAAAUGGAGCAAAGUCGCAAGCUUAAACAGCAGAUGGAGUUGGAAAUGUUGAAAUCAGAAAAAUUUGGAAGUCCAAACAAGGAAACUGAUGAAUACGAGAGACGGAGUCUUGUGCAUGAAGUGGGUAAACCACCUCAAGAUGUUACUGACGACUCUCCUCCAAGUAAAAAAAAAAAGGCUGAUCACUUGGAGUUUGAAAUUGCCACAAAAAGGGAAAGAAAUUAUAGAAGUUCACGACAGAUAAGUGAUGAACCAGAAAGGACUUCUUCUCCAAACAUGCGACUUUUUCCUUUUCAUGAAGAUGAUGAUGCGAUUGGAUCUCCGAGGUCAUUGCCAAUUAAAGAAUUCAGAGAGUCGCCUAAGGUUGACGAGAAAAUGGCUUUCUCAAAUGUACCUGUUAAAGAUGAUCCUUUCAGGAUAAUCUCCAGUGAAUCAAUUAAGAAGGAACAAACAGGUGAAACAGCCAAAGUUAAGUCUUCCGUUAUGAGUCCUGAUGAAGAGUAUUGCAAAUGGGACAACCAGAUCAAGCAAGAGAGCAACAGAGUCGACAUAAGUUUUCCUAGCAAUAUUGUAAAGAGAGAGAGUAUUCGGAAGCGCUCUAGGGAUCUAGAACCUGGUGAGGUUCCCUCUGAUUCUGAUGAAGAAAAUGAUCAAAAGUCACAUUCGCCCAGAGUUCCCUCACUGCUGGAAAGUUCAAGGUUUUCUUUUUUAUCACGGGAUGGGGAAGAAAAACUACGUGACAGAGAAGAACGGUUAUCUAGCUCACUGGAAAGAAAUAAAUUCUACUCUUUUGCUUUGGAUAAGACCAUCACCCCUGAUACAAAGGCCUUGCUUGAAAGGGCUAAAUCUCUUUCAUCAUCUAGAGAAGAGAAUUGGUCUUUUUUAGAUUGGGAUCCAAGAUUUGCAAACUUUCGUAGCAGUAAAGACAAGGAGAAGGUCGACUCUGCUCCUAGACCAAUCCCAUCAUGGUACAUGAAAAAGAAAAAAAUUAGAACGGAUUCUGAUGGUAAAAUGGAUGAUAAGAAAGAAGAUCAGAAAGAAGAAGAGCAGGAGAAACAAGAACUGUUUGCCUCCCGGUUUUUGCAUAGUUCAAUUUUUGAGCAAGACUCAAAACGUCUUCAACAUCUGGAAAGAAAAGAUGAUGAUACUGAUAUUAAUCUUGUCCGACCAUAUGGAAGGCAGUUAUCUUCCGAUGGUUUAACUAGUGUGCCUGAGCUUGUGCAAGAGCCAGUUGUCCUUUUUCACAGUCGCUUUGUUGAACUGACAAGAAUGCAGCAGAAAGAAAAAGAAAAAGAGCAGCGACCCAAAGAGACAGAAAAGCCCGAAGAGAAGGAGGCACAGCCAAGAACUCCUGACCCUGUUCCUGAACCAAAGGAGCGAGAUUUAAAAUCUCCAUCAUCUUUGCCAACUCCAGCCCCAUCUUCUCAUCAAGAGACUAUACCACCUACUCCGGAAAAAAUAAUACCUGAGAAACCACCACCUGAAGUUCUUCCUUCUAAAGAUGAGAGGCCAGCAGAGCCAUUAGAUCCUCCACCAGAGGAGCCCAAACCUCAUGUUUCUCCUCCUGUUGUUGUUGAUCCAUCAAUGCCUGUAGAACAAAUACAAGUUGUUGAAGAAGUAAAGGAACCCUUGCCACCCCCACCUGUUAAUGAAGCUCCACUGCCUGAUGAGCAUCCUUCAUAUUUGGAUACAAAGCCUCCUACUCCAGGUGCCUCUUUUACAGACUCAAAUGCUGACGCUUUGCCAGAGGGGGAAACUGUCACGUGCAAUAGCUCUCCUUCAAAGCCCAUUGCACAAAUAGAGGAUCCAAGUGGAGCAUGUGAAGAAAAUAACUCAUUUACAGAUAGUACAUGUCAGAAGCCUGAUAUUGUUCAAGAGUUGCAGUUACAUGUUCCUGAAAAUGAUGUGGAAGCUGAGCCCCCCACUCCAGUAAAAGAGAAGAAUCGCUGUAAAAACAAGAGAUCAAAUGCUGCAGACAAACCGGCAACAAGGAAAAGUGUCAGGAUUGACCGUGAAAAACGCAAUCGAUCCACAUCUCCUCGUGGCGAGGCACCAAAACAGUUGGAAGCUAAAUGUGAGAUUGAGCGUGCUUCACGGGGAACGGCAAAGUCACCAAGCUCAGUACCAGAACCUGAAAUCUCAGAGCCCAGCUUGCCAGUAGGCAGAACAAGGCGCAGAAAUGUUAGAUCUGUUUAUGCUACAACAGGGGACAAUGAUGGGCAAUCAUCUGUGAAAGAGGCUGUAGAGACACCGAGGUCAACUAGAAAGCGCAUUGAGAAAGAACCCCAGGAGCCUCCUGCUGUUGUACCAAGCACACCAAGAAGAGGACGUCCUCCAAAGGUUCGGCGCAAAACUGGUGAGGAAGUAUCUCCCAUUAAAGCCGAAGCUGUAAGACAAGAACAUGAUGAUACUGAAAGUAAAGAACAGACGGAAUCUACAAAACCUACUGAGGGAUGGCGUUCCCCGCGGUCCCAAAAAAUUGUACAGUCUCAUUCUCUGGUGUCUAGCGGUCAGAAUAAAAAGGGAAAGAUGGACUCUAAAUUGCCUCAUGAUAUUUCAGGAGAAUCAAAUGAGGAAGGUAAUGAAGUUCGAGAACAGACUGUUGAAGACACGGCAAAAUUGGUCAAGGAGGAAACUAAUGUGGAUGUUAAGCAUGAGCAAAAAGAAACAGAGACUGAUAAAAUUCCCGUGGAGAACCCCAGUGCUGAAAUGUUGGAAAAGAAAGUUCUAGAAAAAGCACCAAAAUCCAAAGGUGGACGAUCAAAGAGUGCAAAAACUGUUGUGCGUUUAAAAAAUGUGGAAAUACGUCUUAAUGUAGAUGAGGUGAAGGGAGCUUUGAGACCACUUGAGGAUGCUGAGCAAAUAGCCAUCUCUCCUGUUAAUAUUAAAAGCACUCAAAAAGAAGAGAAUGCACCACCACCUUUUUCAGAGAAACCAGAGGUGUCUUUUCCAGAAACAUCUAAUGUAGAUGUAGUUCCAGAACCACAAGUUUCACCUGAAGCAGUACAGCUGGCCCGACAGAUAGAACUUGAGCAAGCUGUAGAGAACAUUGAAAAGAUAACUGAAACCUCUGAUGUUCCCAAUUACAAAGAUGCCCAAGGUGGGGAAGUAGCAGAAGGACGCUCGGAGGAGGAUGGAGACAAACCUGGUCACCAGGCAAAUGAAACUGAGUUGGCGUUGGCUAUUGGAUCUAUAAUAUAUAUUUCUACUGAUGCAGAAAGCUUUCCUGCAGCACCAACAUAUCCACCUGAAGGUGAGACAGAGCUCCCUGCUCCUCCUGCUGUCCCUUCAACUUCUCAAGCAGAAGACAUGGAACCUGAGACAGACCAGGCAGUAAACAUAAUUUUAGAGAAUGACUCUACCAGUGGUCCUGAGAGUAGAUCAUCAGUUCCUGCUGCACCAGCUUCAGAACCUGAAGAAGUCAAAGAACCAGAGGUCAGUUUUAGCGAGUCUUCAAAUUCUGCCCAGGAAGCCGAACCUUUCAGAGAAUCAGAAAUUGCUCCGAAACUAAAGGGGAGGCCUAAGGUGACUCGUCCAAGGCGUAAAAAGUCAUCAAGCAAAAAGAUAGAACUAGUAGACGACAAUAUCUUUGUACAAGACAAUCUUGAAGACAGUACUCCCAGAAAAGAUGAAAAGACCACAUCAGAUGAAGGGCUAAAUGAGAAGGUUAUUGAAGCUUUAGCUUCUUCAAACCCUAAAAGAGAAGAUCAUGAUACAAGCCAGAAUUGUUCAGAGGCAACCUCUCAGGACGCUGAACAAGAUGAUGAUAAUGUGGGACAAACCAAUGCCAGCCGUUCACCACAAGCCCUUCUUAUUGAUGAUGUCAGUCAGAGCAGUUUAAAGUUGCGUUCAAGUACUGAUAAUGCCCCUAUUACACCACCUAGUGUCAGCACUCCUUCAAUUCAGUUAGCUGCAUCAGGAAAGAUAGCAUUACCCGUGCCUGCUGCUGCUUUAUCUCAUACAGGAACAGCAAUGAUUUCUGACUGGAUGAUGAGACAUGAAGAUACUGCAACCAUUUCUACUCCGCCUCCUGCUUUGCCUCCAGAUACUAAGGCCUCAGAUGUUGAUACAAAUUCCAGCACCUUAAGGAAGAUUCUAAUGGAGCCAAAAUAUGUCUCAUCAUCUAGCAGUACACCAACAAUUGUAACUUCAUCUAUCCCUGAACCUGUGUCUGUUUCACAUGUAGAAGAACCUGCUGUUCCACCUCCUGUAGAACCUAUGAAACCUAUUUCUGAUGACAAGCCUUCUGUUCCUCUUCCAAAGACAAUAGUACCUCCUGCAGCAGAAGCGCCCAUUUUUCAGGAAAAGGGGUCCGCAGUGACUCCAAAAGCCACCUCUGUAAUUAGUAGAACACCUCCCAGCUUUGAUCUGGAUGAUAUGCCAAGAAUUGCUGUGGGAAAACAUUCUCCUCAGCUUCAAUCUGCCCCACCCUGUAUUCCUUCUCAGAAGAUUAUACAAAGACAAAAUACAAGUGAUAAUCGAUCCUGCAUGAAUAUGCCCGUCAUUGAAGACCGUCCCACUGAAACUGGACCUAGUCCUGGCCUGAGAGUGAAUACAUCACAAGGGAUAAUGGUCUUAACUUACUCUGGCCAAAAAACUGAGGGUCCUCAGAGGAUAAGUGCAAAAAUCAGCCAGAUUCCUCCGGCAAGUGCUGUUGACAUUGAGAUACAACAGUCUGUAUCAAAAACGCAAAUUAAACAGGAGCCUCUCACUGUAUCUCAGAUACUCCCAAAAGGCUCUCAAACACCCACGGGCUAUCAACCAUACAAUGCCUCUCCUGUUAUAUCUACCAUAAAACAAGAGCGCAUUUCUUUAGAAAAGCCAGAGUCAAGUCACAUUACUGUUCCAAACACAUCAUCUCAAUCCACAGCUGUUAAAGUGCUUUCCCAAAACACUGCCCCAGUGCUAAUGCACGGCCAAGUGGGACCUACAGGCAAGAAGCUCAUUGACCCCAAAGUGGAGCCGAAAGUUCUUCAGUGUACAAGUAUGAGCCCUGGUCUGAGUCCUCAUCAUUCUUCCUUGUCUGGCAAAAUACAAUCGGAAGCAAAUCAUAUUGGUUCUGGAUCAAACACACAGGCAGAUCGGACUCUUCCACAUAUAGGAAUUAAACAGGAAUCACUUUCGCCCUGCACUGCAGGCCAUUCUCCAUCUCCUUAUACCAGACCUUGCCAUCCCAGUGUUACAGCUUCAACUGCCUUAAAUAGCAAUGCCUCAGUCAUGUUGGCUCCAGGGAUUCCUGUGUCCCCUUACAUACCCAGCAUGCACCCGGAACAGACCGUUAUUAUGCCUCCACACAGUGUAACACAACCUGUGUCUCUUAGCCAUUUAUCGCAAGGGGAUGUGAGAAUAAACACCCCACCUUUGCCCACAAUGCCUUAUGGCAUUCGGCAAGAAGCACUUCAUUCUCCCAGAGCAGCUAUGCAGUCUCAAAUAGAUGUCCGACCGCAGAGAUCCAGCACCCCACAGCCAGCACCUAUUAGAGAAAUGGUACUUCCUACAAUGUCUUCCCAGCAUGGCCCUGAAGAGGAGAUGCACUACCACCAUCCAGUUUCUAGAGGCUCGGCCCAUGUCCAGUCAGACGUACUGGUCAUGCAGCCCGAUUACCGCAUGCCUACAUCAGGAAUUCGUAUAGAUCCAUAUGGUGUUACCCGUGAUGUCCGUAUGAUGAUACACCAUCAGGAGUCUAGACAAUCCAGGACCCCUGAGGGACCUGUCAAGACACCUCCCAUCAAUAAGACGCCACAGCCUGGGAAGGACUUGAUCAAGCAAUCAGAUGUAAAAAUGCCCCAUUCACCACACAACGAUUCCCGAAUGCUAAAUGUUCCUCCAAGUGGACUAAAUCUAUCUCAGCCAGUUGUAGUACCUCAUGGUGUGCCUAUAAUGCACCCUUCUGGGAGUUCUUUUCAUGAUUUCCACCAAGUCUACCCAGAAAUACGGAACUACCAUACAAGUGCCCAGCUCACCCAUCCCCAGUUUGCUGGAGCAUCAUCCAUCUUGCAGUCUCGGAGUUUGACCCCAUCACAGGUUGGACCAGACGCAGAGCAUUCACAUUCAAACCAGCCUGGACGCAACAAAACUCCUCAGGUGAGCCAGGACUGCAAAAUAGCUCCACCUUCUGUUAGUGAACAGGCUCACCAUGCCUCCAUUAAUCGGCACACUGGACAAAUGGAACCUCAUAUUCAACACCUUCAGAGAUCUGCAGACACUUCUCAAGUUUCCUAUCCAUCUCCUGGAGCAAUCAGCAUAAAAUCCGAGCUGCCAUCUCCUCACCAGUCCCAAACUGUUCAGAAGCAUUCUGUAUUCAUGACUCCAAGCAUCAGUGCCCUCUCCAGAACGGAAGUCCAAUCUGUUCCCAAACAAGACCCUCCCCAGCGAUCAGUCGACAUGGUACAACUCUUAACGAAAUAUCCAAUUGUGUGGCAAGGACUCUUGGCACUGAAGAAUGACACGGCUGCUGUGCAGCUGCACUUCGUUUCUGGGAAUAAUGUUUUGGCCCACAGGUCAUUACCAGCGCCAGAGGGAGGCCCACCCUUGAGAAUCGCACAGCGCAUGAGGCUUGAGGCCACUCAGCUGGAUGGAGUUGCUCGUAGAAUGACGGUGGAGAGUGAUUACUGCUUGUUACUCGCACUUCCAUGUGGCCGUGACCAGGAGGAUGUGGUGAAUCAGACAGAAUCGCUGAAGUCUGCGUUUAUAACAUACCUGCAAGCUAAGCAAGCAGCUGGGAUCAUCAAUGUCCCAAACCCUGGAUCUAAUCAGCCAGCGUAUGUUCUGCAAAUCUUCCCACCGUGUGAAUUCUCGGAAAGCCACCUGUCUCAUCUAGCGCCUGACCUGUUAGCCAGCAUUUCCAACAUCUCUCCUCACCUCAUGAUCGUCAUUGCAUCAGUAUGAGCUCCUCCACUCUCUGCGCUGGGAGCUGUCUCCUGCUCGGCAGUUCCUUGUUUCGAAACUCCCACUGGGGCUGCUACCCCGGAUGUUUACAUUUUGCUUAUGGACAAACUCAUGCACACAGACAGCCAAAUGCAUUGUGACCAUGUGAGGGAGGGAUCCCACACCCCUCUAUUGUGGGAUAUUCCAAGGAGGAUACAAUUUGUGUGCUUUUUGUAGGUGAUUUUUUGUUUUUGUUUCUUUCUUCAAGGAGCUGAACCUGCCUUUGCACUAAAUUAGUGACUUGGACCUUUGUACAGCAUUUUACCCACUCCUUUUUUGUGUCAUACACAUAAGCAACCGGCUUUGAUGUUGGAAGGUCUGGACAUCAUAUCAUAUUGCCGGUGGACUAACGAGCAGGAUCCUGUGAAUAUUUGGCUAGUGACUUUGAUUUGCGCAGGGAAAAGCGAUUCCCUCUUCCCCUGCUUAUGGAUCUGACAAACCCCUCGCUGAUCUCUCCUUUUUGGAUGUACAGUUUACAUGGGAAACCAUAACAAAAGGGAGAUCUAUAUCCGUUCCUUGGAUAAUCUAGGACUCCAUGGGUGUGUGUAUAUAAGUAUAUAUAAUAUAUAUUAUAUAUAAAUAUAUAUAAUACGGACUUUAAAGAAAUCAAACCCCCACGACAUACAUUUUUUUUAAUCUGUGCCAAAAAUGUGUUUUCAGAGAAGAAUCUUAUUUUCAUACAGACGUAUUGUCCCUCAUUUGUAAGUGAUUUUCAUUAAGACAUUAACCGCUCAUCACAAUCCGUGUGAAAGUGAUACGCUCUUGGACAAAAGACUUUUUAAUCCCCUCAUGUCCCCUCUAUUAUUUACAUUUUGGUUCUUUUAUUUUUUUUAUUUUAUUAUUUUGUUGGUUUUUUUUAUUGUUUUUUUGCUGACACCUAUUAAUUUAUGGAAUCUACUUCCCUCCCCGUUCUGAAGGUUUUUGUUUUUUGUGUGUCCAUUGGAUUAUGAACUUUAUUAAAAAAAAGAUACAAACCAGUUUUACA